AUAUGAGAUAAAAUGUGAUCUAAUAUACCGCUUAGAAAUGCCAUAAAAAACAUUUAAAGCAAUAUUUAAUAACGUGUCUAUAAAAAUUCAAAAGAUGACGUCAGUGGCAGAUACAAAUUCCGUACGUCAGCGUAACGUUCCUGAAACGUCGGCGACGUGCGAUAGUGUACAUAGUGAUGAACCCGUUACAUACAACGAGCCCGUUACAUAUAACGAACCCGUAACGUACGACGGGCCAGAUUGUGCCUCUCAGUACGUCGGUAACGCAUCGGCCAAUUCAGUAACGUCCACAAACUGGUGUACGUCACAAAACGCUAACGGGACGACGUCUAAAUGUUCGUUUAGACGUCUCAUGCGACGUCAUGAGCUGCCCAAGCACCUACAGUUUAAUCCCUACAUAGACACGGGCUACAGACCGUUGCUUAGCGCCUGGGAGUGCAUCAUGAGCCUAUUCUACCUACAUAAUGAGACCGUCAACAUAAUCACGCAUGGAGUACCGAUGUUGUACAUCUUCUUCAUGUGGCGGUCAAUGGUACCGUGGGACGAGAUCAAGAUACCCAUCCUUCCAUGGACCCAUUUGCUGUCGUGCGUGAGCCCGUGGGUCGGGUCUACCAUCUACCACAUGUUUAUGAACCAUCGAGCUGGCGAGUCGUGCUACCGCUCACUACUUCACCUCGACAUGUUCGGCAUUUGGAUCACCCAGAGCUUCGUUUCGUCGUACCAGUUGUCGCCUAAAUCUUGCCUACCGCCGUCGCAGGCUCUGUCUGCCACAAGCGCCCUAAAACGCCGCAUGAGUUUCGCCUUACCUGCCGUCGCGCAACUCGCAGUGCUGAGCGUGAGGCUCUCGUGGCUGGGAGGUGGCGAUACCUUAGCUUCGCAACACUAUAUCAUGCAGGCUUCACACGCCCGCAAUCCCUGGGAGCGACGCUUCUGUUUCACAUUCCCCUUCCUGAUGCGUGCCGCGUCCGCGUGCGUGCGUCUGUCUUCGUCGGGGGGCGGCAACCCCGAGGGUUUGAGGCACAUCUUCCUGCAGGACUUCCUAGCAGUGCUAGGAGGAUUCGUAGGAGCCCUCCGCAUUCCUGAGAAAUGGAUCCCUGGAAGAUUGGACAUGCUCGCUAACUCGCACCACAUCAUGCAUGUGGUGGUGGUGUGGGCGGUCUACCACCUACACCAGGGCGCAAUACUAGACCUGGUCUGGCUAUCCAAGAACCCGCAGUGCCCAGGUCUAAUGGAACCAUCCAGUUUACUAUAAUGCACAUAAAUCUCCCUCUAGACAUCAAGAGACUCGUAGACUUCAAAACUUCAAAUCUCCCCAAAUCUAGACUCCAAGAAUUUAAAAACAAAAAAAAUAAAUGCAAAAUAAGUUCACCACGUUUUCCUUGAAGGUAUGGUGAGCUUUAAAGUUCAAGUUCACCAAGAUAUGGUGAACAGGAAGAUAUGGGGAUUUGAAAUUCUUGGUGAAUUUGCGAUUUAUUUAGACUAAUUCAUGCAUGGUAUAAGUACUGCUAUAGAGACUCCCUCUUAUCCUUGGGCUGCGUGGGAAAUAGAGAGAACAUACGUCACUUUCUGCGUGGUGGUUUUUUAAAUAAGUUUGUUAUGUAUAUUAACGGUGAUAUAAAUUGUGUGCCUGUCUCUGUAUUCCACGAGCCUUCUGUUGUAUUAAUUUCAUUCACAAGAAAGUUUGUCUUCCUGUUACUCUUAUUGCGGGUAAUUUUUUCACUCAUAUUGCGGGUAAUUUUUUCACUCAUAUUGCAAUUUUCACUCAUAUUGCGGGUAAUAUUUUCACUCUUGUUGUUUUAUUCGCUCUUAUUGCGGAUAAUUUUUUCACUCAUAUUGCUUUUUUCACUGAUAUUGCGGGUAAUAUUUUCACUCUUAUUGUUUUAUUCGCUCUUAUUGCGGGUAAUUUUUUCCCUCCUAUUGCUUUCUUCCACACUUAUUGCGGAUAAUUAUUGUAGCUAAGUAAUUUGCGGUCAUAAAUCAAUCACAGCAUACAAGGGGGGCUUAAAUAAGUUCGCGGAAAAUAGACAUCACCGAGAAUUCUAGAAGAAUAAUAUGCAAAUGCAUCAGAACGAUCCUGUAUCAAUGCUUUAUAACGUGUUCUCACAUUAAUACUGAUAAUAAUAAUAAUAAAACUUCAACUUGUUCUCACAUUAAUACUUAAAUUAAUGUUACAAACGCGGUGAGCUGUUUUAAAAGCAACAACCGUUCAUGCAACUUGACAUGUGCCAAAAUCGAGGCCAGGUCAACGUCCAAUUCAUGGUGGCUAAAGAACAGCUAAAUCUUUGACUCUCUGGAAUAAAUUUAUGCUGGCAUGCCUCAAAUAAAUCAGUAACCUACUAAUAGAUUAGUUGUUCCAGAAACAGAAGAAAUGAGACCAACGAUGAACCCUACAGAGAAAGGCACCGCACAUCAGUGCGAGGCCUGAAUGAAAAAGAUGGGCGAAUAACCACCGAAUCAGUAGCAGACAGCCUCAACAUCUCCAUGGGUUCCGCACACACAAUUAUGUAGGACAGUUUGGGACUGAGCUCUGCGCUCGAUGGAUUCCUUGGCUGUUGCACCCAGAUCAGCAGGAAUCAGCAGAUCUUUAUACGGAAAUUUUGAACAAAUGGGAAUGUGGGAUGAGAACCUUGAAAUUUUUCUUGCGCGGAUUGUGACUGCAGAUAAAACAUGGCGCUACCAUUACAAUCCCGAGGACAAACUCUAUCGAAACAGUGGCUGUUCAGGGGAGGAAGCGGGUCCGUCAUAGCAAAAUCUGAGCGUUCGGGAGGGAAGGUUAUGGUCAUGGUCGUCUGGGAUACAGAGGGGAUCUUGUUAAUUGAUAUGCUAAAGAAGAAGACAAAUAUUACCGCUGUUUUAUAUAAAGAUAUUUUGAGGAAAUUUUUCUUGAAAAUCGCUGAAAAAAGCGUCGGAAAGCAGGAUCGGCGCAUCCUCUUUCACGACUUCAAUGCAGCCGCGCAUUACGCAUGACAAACUGAAGCUGCGCUGCGCGAAUUUCGAUAAGAAAUCAAUUGGCGUCCACCUCAUAGAACUGACUUAGCCCCGUCCGACUUCUUUUUAUUUAAAAACAUGAAAAAAAUCGCAAAAAUGUACCCAGUUUCCAUCACUUGAAGCAGCAAAAAAGCUGCCAAAACAUGGCUCAUAUCGCAUGACUCUCAAUUUUGCAAAGAUGGACUUUAUGGCCGGUAUCAGCGUUCACAAGAAUGCAUAGACCGAGAUAGAGCAUAUGUAUAAAAAUAAACGUUACGACUUUGACAGUAUUUUUAAAUUGUUGUUUUUCCACGAACUUUUUGAAGCCCUCUCGUAUAACUGUGUUUAUUAUCGUUAGUGUUGCUAUUGCUAUAGCUCACUCCCUAUUCAUCCUAAUUUGUAAAUUUUUAAGUACAUGGAAUCAGUGAUUAUCGUUGAAAGUUUCACUCCUUCUUUUCGUUCUUGUCUUCAACUCAUUAGGAUCGUUCGUUUAUAUUAUUUUUGUAUUGCUUUAGCUGAACUCUCAAUUGUGUAAAUUCAUUUCCAUUGUGGGUAAAAAUCUUCUGGUUGUACAGUUUAUUCUAAGAGAAAAUUGAAUUGUGGAUACAGGCGUUAAGAUUUGGUUCAAAGCUUCUUAAAUUAUCUAGAAAAUGACAUAAAUCGGUUUUCAUAUUUAGUUUUUGCUAAAGUUUAAAAAUAACCGUACUUAUUGGUAAAAUAUUCGUAGAAGAAGUAAAGCAUUAGACAUAUAAAUAAAACACUGUAUGCUACGGAACCGAAAUGUUAUUUUUUAAUGUAAGUUACAGGGUUUCAUCAUUUUCAAUGUGUUACAUCCAUAUUUGAUUAUAAGCACAAGAGUCUGUAAAUUACUUAUUGAGAGGAAGUUUGAAGCGAAACUUGGAUUUGAAGUUCCUGAUGAUAUCGAUGUCAUAAUACUCUUAAUUCCAACUACUUAUUAAUACUCAGUGAUACUCUUCUCUGUGUAAUUGACGACUAGCCACUAUUCUGAUCUAGUCACUAGAAAGGUAGACUUCUAGUAGAUCUCUUCACUAGUAGGAUAGACUUCUCUAGAAUUAACAUGAACAAUUUCUAUUCGAGAUUAGAACGUUAUCGCUUCUCAGCUUGUGCCUCGCGCAGUGACCGUACUGACUACAUCGUGUCUUUUAUUUCCUGAAACAUUUUCCAGACCAUCCAGACCAAUUUUUGCUAUCCAAGAUUAUUUUAUUUCUGAAAACAACACAAAAUAGGCAAAGGCAAUGUUUUUUUAGUAGGCAAAGUUUUUUUAGUCGGCAUUGUAAAAGAAAUAAUGUCUACUUAAUUAAUAAAUCCUGAUAAAAAUAUUCAAUUUUUUCAAUUUAGUUUAAUCAGCAUCUUAGUACAUGCAUCGAAGGGAUCAUUACAUAAAAAUUAAAAUAAGAACAUAGUAAUUUACUUAAGACUAUUACUUUGCUUAUUGAAAAUACAAAGAAAAAAGAUUUGUAUAUUUUGGCCUCGUAUUUUCGUGACAGAAAUCACUCUGAAUUAAAGGAUCUCAUUAAAAAUAUCAUUCAUUAAUUUUUCAAUCCAUAUUAAUUUAUAAAAGCUACAUUUAUUUAUCCAUCUCAUAAUCCAAACACAGCCAGGAAAUUCUAAGCUUUUGUUGGUUAAAAAUAUACAUUUUUUCAAAGCCACUAUGGUGAAGUGAAGGCAUUCUGUCGGUUCGAGAUCAGUUUUGUAAUAUAAAACGUUAUGUUGUGUUAAUUUUUGCUAUGUGAACACGAAGGUAAAACGGCACUUUUUUAGCUUUCUGGUCUCAGCGAUAUGCCUAAAUGUAAGGCUAAUAAUAACAUUCAGAUAUCAGUUCAUACAGCAUUUGUGUGUGGUUCAUACAGCAUUUGUGUGUGGUUCAUACAGCAUUGGUGCAUGGUUCAUACAGCACAGAUUCAUUUACUUUGCCAAGACAAGGCUAUUGGUGAUUGAACUUUUCAGAAACUUUGGCCAAAAUCAAGAUUCUAAGAAUCAAUCUAAAAUAAAUCCCGGUUAAUUACAAUGUCUGAAAAAUUUUAUUGUUCACCUUGGUUUCUUCAAUAACGUCCAAUGCAUUGUGGUCGACGUCACAAUUGCUGUUACAAUAGACACAAGUCACAAACCAGCCUGUCCUCCUGACUCCUGUCACAAACCAGCCUAUCCUCCCGACUUCUGUCACAAACCAGCCUGCCCUCCCGACUUCUGUCACAAACCAGCCUGUCCUCCCGACUUCUGUCACAAACCAGCCUGUCCUCCCGACUUCUGUCACAAACCAGCCUGUCUUCCCUGACCAGAACGAACAUGAGUCAUAACAUUUUUCGAGAAGUUCAAAGCCUGUGCAUGUUUGUAUUUUUUAUUUGUUUCGCAGAAAUAAUGUUUUGCUAUGCAUUAAUUUUUUGGGUAUGUAUUAUUUUUCACGCGGUUACCACUUUGUCAGUGUAAAUAUGGUGAAUUUAUGACUCAUUCAGAAGUAAAUAGGCGUUCAAGAAGCCAUUUCCAUUCAUCGUUAUGUUGGGUAAUAAUAUAAUUCUUAUUAUUACAUUAGUAUGCUCGGUCAGCCAUAUAUUAUAAUCCUCGUUUUUCGCUCACGACAUUUGUAAACGUUACUUUAAUAACGUAUUUGCGCUAAUAGAGUCGCCGUACAACUUUCUAUAUCAUGUCAUUAUCUUCUAAUGCAUAGUUUGUUACAUUGCUUGUAGCGAGUGUUACUUAGCAAAUCUGUUGAAUUAGUAAGUCUACAGCCAACUAUUUAGUAGUUGCCUAGCUACAUCUCAACAGACAUUUGACGUUAGUUAAAGUAACGUUGAUUUAACGAUAUUUCUACGAAAUAGAAUCGUUAUCAGCGUUGUUUCAACACGUCAUUUGCCGAAAGGGAUAUAUAUAUGACAACUGGGAGUGGCUAAAACCUGCACGAAACUAUCAUCCGAGUAAUGUACAAGCCUACGUUGUGAUUAUACCGUCAACUUAUAAUCUAAUUUAUUGGAACAUUCCAUACGAAUAACAGACAAAUGAUUAUAAGAACAUGUUGAUUCUUCUAUAUGUUAAAAAAUUCACUUAUUAACCAAACUAGCGAGCUCUUUUUAGCGAAGUCUGCUGAAAAGGCCUAGUAAAAGCAAUCCUAAUGCACCACAUAUGCCUAUUUAAACAGGUAUUAACGUUAUUCGUUCAGCAUAUCUAUAGAAUGCUUAUUUAAAAGAUAAAUGCUCUCAAGUCCCACACGUUGACGCACUACUUAUGAGCUGUCCGUAUUACAUAGAAUAUUGUUGUUGUCAAUGCAGUAAAAGUUUAAAUAGUCAAGUUAUACUCGUAGUGUUCACCAAGAAUUUCCUUAGUAAAGAACCCAGCUGAAAUGUAGAUCUUUUAGAUAAGCUUUGCUUCACAACAUUCAAGUUAACCCCAACGUUAUUUGGAUGUCGUUAUAGUUUUACAUUUCUGAACGCUCAUUACAUUCAUGCAUCUAGUUGCAGAAAUUUCUGUAUAUAUAGGAAUGUUAAAUGCGAUUACAAUGCUUUUUAAUAAACUUCAAUUUAUUUUCUCUUCAGGUAUGAAUAAAAGUGUAUACAAUUUGAAAGUUAUUUCUUCAAUCGUGUACUCAGACAAAUUAAUGUGUCAUAACGACCAAAUUGUGACCCGUUAUGAGUCACAGCACGAGAACAUAGCCCUGGGAUACCCUAGUUCUUAGGUGAGUGUGACCAACACAUCAGCAGGAAAGUCUGUCGAUAGUUGGAAUUUGACCCAAUCUUUUCUCUGAGUGUAAGAUUUGAGGAUAUUGUAUGAGCGUGUCUCCUAAGAGCAACAAUGGGUGUCUUAUAGGGACCUUGUGACCUUAUGACCUUAUGAUGAGUUUAGGACGUCGUAGUCCACGGUCACG